CCUGAAGGCCAUUUUUCGGUUUCUUCUCCCAUUUAAGUCCGCUUUCUCCCGUUUCACUACUCUGUCAGCUCUUGAUCUGAGCCCUAGCCAACUUGUAGAGAUAACACAACGAUCCGCCUCCCUCACCCUCUCCCCUGUUGGCUUCUUACCUCCGGCCAUUAUGGCCACCCGCCGCUUGCUGUCCUCCCUCAUCCGCUCCUCCGUCCGCCGCCCCCUUCCCAUCAGAUCCCCCUCCCCAACAUGCCCCACCCCUACGGCUGUCCCUCGCCCCUCACCGGCUGGCUACCUCCUGUCCCGCGUAGCUGAGUACGCCACCGCAGCUGCGGUUUCCGAGACCCCCUCUCCGCCCCCUGUCAAGACUGCAGUCGGGCUAAGUGGCAAAAUCACGGACGAAUUCACAGGCGCCGGCGCGAUCGGGCAGGUAUGUCAGGUGAUCGGCGCCGUCGUCGAUGUCAGGUUUGACGAGGGGCUUCCUCCGAUCCUGACGGCGCUGGAGGUGCUCGAUAACCAGAUCCGUCUGGUUCUAGAGGUCGCCCAGCAUCUGGGGGAGAACAUGGUGCGGACGAUCGCUAUGGACGGUACCGAGGGGCUUGUCCGUGGUCAGAGAGUCUUCAACACCGGAUCUCCCAUCACGGUUCCUGUUGGCAGAGCCACUCUAGGACGCAUUAUAAAUGUUAUUGGAGAACCAAUCGAUGAGAGGGGUGACAUAAAGACCAAUCAUUUCCUUCCCAUCCAUCGUGAAGCACCUGCUUUUGUUGAACAGGCAACUGAACAACAGAUCCUUGUGACUGGAAUUAAGGUCGUAGAUCUUCUAGCACCAUAUCAGAGAGGUGGAAAGAUUGGACUUUUUGGUGGGGCUGGUGUGGGGAAAACUGUACUUAUCAUGGAACUGAUCAACAAUGUUGCAAAGGCCCAUGGUGGUUUUUCUGUCUUUGCUGGUGUUGGUGAGCGUACUCGUGAGGGUAAUGAUCUGUACAGGGAAAUGAUUGAGAGUGGUGUCAUCAAGCUGGGAGAUAAACAGAAUGAGAGCAAGUGUGCUCUUGUAUAUGGUCAAAUGAAUGAGCCUCCCGGUGCUCGUGCACGAGUUGGUUUAACUGGGCUGACUGUUGCUGAGCACUUCCGUGAUGCUGAAGGACAGGAUGUGCUUCUCUUUAUUGACAAUAUUUUCAGGUUCACGCAAGCAAAUUCUGAAGUGUCUGCCUUGCUUGGUCGUAUACCAUCUGCUGUCGGUUAUCAACCAACACUUGCUACUGAUCUUGGAGGACUCCAAGAGCGUAUUACGACGACAAAGAAGGGUUCCAUCACCUCAGUGCAAGCUAUUUAUGUGCCUGCUGAUGACUUGACUGAUCCUGCUCCAGCAACUACUUUUGCUCAUCUUGAUGCAACAACUGUGCUGUCAAGACAGAUUUCCGAGCUUGGCAUCUACCCUGCUGUUGAUCCUCUUGACUCCACAUCAAGAAUGCUCUCUCCGCAUGUGUUGGGAGAAGAACACUACAACACUGCUAGAGGCGUCCAAAAGGUUCUCCAAAACUAUAAGAAUCUGCAAGAUAUUAUUGCUAUCCUUGGAAUGGAUGAGCUCAGUGAAGAUGAUAAGUUGACUGUUGCUCGAGCUCGAAAGAUCCAGCGGUUCUUGAGUCAGCCUUUCCAUGUUGCUGAAGUUUUUACCGGUGCACCUGGAAAAUACGUUGAAUUGAAAGAAAGUGUGAACAGCUUCCAGGGUGUUUUGGAUGGAAAGUACGAUGACCUUCCGGAGCAAUCAUUUUACAUGGUUGGAGGCAUUGAAGAAGUCAUUGCAAAGGCCGAGAAGAUUGCAAAGGAGUCUGCUGCAUCAUAAAAAAGUUUUAUGUCGCCAUUCAAUAAUUUUAGAAACGAAACAGUUGGCUUUGUUGAAGCGCCAGUUUCUUUCCUUUGUAUCGCUGUUAAUGCUGGCCGGGUUUUCAUUUUUUCCUCCAGCAUGAGACAGGAUGGGCUGUAAUUUUUUGCAAAUAAGCAAGCCCAGGGAUUCAUUUCUCUGUUUCGUUUCUAGAUAUCUGCUUUUCAAACUGCUGUGUAUUUCCGAUUAACCAUGGCCAAUGGAAUUUGUUUGCUUCCGAAUUAAUUUUAA